AAAUAGAAACGGCCAUGUCGUGGUAGAGACCAGUUCAGAAGAGAGCGAGUCUGAGCCACCUUGUAACUUUCAGAUCCAUCUAAUGUAGCUGUAACAGUGCAACUCUGAAAAUAACACAUCUGAUCGCUUGUUUGAAAGCAGAUUUCGUGGAAGUAAGUGCGUCGUUAAAAUCAGAGGGCAAACAUGAGCGGAGGAGGGACGCCGUACAUUGGCAGCAAAAUUAGCCUCAUCUCCAAGGCCGAGAUUCGCUAUGAAGGAAUUUUAUACACCAUUGACACUGAAAACUCGACAGUAGCUCUUGCUAAAGUUCGUUCUUUCGGCACUGAAGAUCGGCCCACUGACAGGCCUAUUCCACCUCGGGAGGAAGUGUUUGAGUACAUCAUCUUCCGAGGAAGUGACAUUAAAGACCUAACAGUUUGUGAGCCACCCAAAGCCACAAGCUCGCUGCCUCAGGAUCCUGCCAUAGUUCAAUCAUCGAUUGGAGCCACCAGUGCUGCAGGAGCAUCAUCAUUCCAGUCUGCUGGGUCCUAUGCUCCAUUCAGCAGGGCCCCUGUCCCACCGUACAGCCAGUUUGGUGUUGCACCCCUCGCAGCUCAGCAGUUUGGAUCUGCCGGAGCAGGAGGACGCACCAGCCCCCAGCUGGAGUCUUUAACAAAAACUCCCACCUUGGAGCAGGCGGUGCAGGCGCCACCAUCAGCUGCCCCAGCUCCACCAGCACCUGUAGGACAGAGGAGUCAGGCGGGGGCAGCAGCUCCCAGACCCACCAGCACCGCCACCGGGAGCCAGAAGGGCCCAGACCUCCUGGAACAGAGGAGAGCUCCUGAGGUUCAGAAACUGUCACUGCCAGAUAAUGAACAAGGUGCUGUUGAAAACCGGGAUCCCAACAAGCGUCAAGCUGCUGGUGUUCAGUCCACCCGCCGUGGCCGUGGAAGAGGAAACCGCAGCAGGGGCAAAGUGAACGUGCGCAGGGAUGGCACCAUGAAGUUUGAAGAAGACUUUGACUUUGAGACUGCCAACGCCCAGUUUCACAAGGACGAGAUAGACAAAGAGCUCCAGAAUAAGCUCAAACUGAAAGACGACAAGACCGAAAAGGCGCUGAAUGGAGUGGAAACUGCUGACUCAGAACAUCCGGCCAAUGAGGGGGCCACCGAGGAGGAGGAGGCUGUGAUCAACACAUGUUACUAUGACAAAUCCAAGUCCUUCUUUGACAACCUGUCCUGUGAUGAUUUGAGUAAAGGGGGUGAAAGAGGAUUUUCAAAGGAGCGAAGGUCAACCUGGGCAGAGGAGAGACGAAUGAACGCAGAGACGUUCGGUAUCCCCCUGAGGCAAAAUCGAGGAAGAGGGGGUUUCCGCGGCCGAGGCUUCAUGGGGGCCCGCGGAGGCCGGGGGCGACCGGCAAGCAGAGGGUCCUUCGGGCCACCUCGGGGUGCUCCACCCGGUUUCAGAGGCGGAUUCAGAGGAGGCAGAGGAGGCCGGGAUUUCUCUGAUUUUGAGUACAGGAAGGAUAACAAGGUGGCUGCAUAGUACAGCAGCGAUGGAUCCACAAAGAAUUGUAGCCCCUCACCAUGAAAUUAUUCUAGCUCAAGAAGUUUUCUUUGGUCUCCACAUUUGACAGAAAGAAUGAAGACAUCCUCUCAGUCACCAGCACCAGGGUCGACUGUUUGACACCAGGGGGUGAGAGCACAGAAGUUUAGUUUGAUAAACAGUCACCAGAUGGACAAGAAGAUGUGUAAAUACCUUGCUUUGGAGUAAUUCUGUAUUUUUGCAUCAAUCGAGUUCAUUUCUUACUGAAGUCGUCUUUGAUAUUGAAAGCUGUAUGCAGAAAGCCCACUGAUACUGUGAGCGGAUCACAGUCCAUGUGACCGAUAGCUUUAUUUUUUAUUUUCUUUCAGUUUUUGAUAUGAUAUACGUUGGCACCAAAUUUCACUGCAUUUGCCUGUCGCACCGUAAUUUUCUCUGCUCAGACUUCGUUUGGUUGGUCGCCAUGUGUUCCCAGGAUUUUUACCCAGUUAGUUUUUGUUUUGUUUUGUUUUUUGACAUCCAUUCAUUCUCAGUGAAGUUGGAAGGUCAAUGCCAGCUGAAAGAAACAAAAUCUAAAGUGACUAUUGGAAUGAAUGAAUGUAUAUCUAGCUCAUCUUCUGCUUCGUGCCCUCCAGCAAAUCAUUGCUCCACAGACAGACUCACUUCUAGGUUUUAGAAAAGUGUGUUCAGUAGUUAGUAGAAUCAUGCCCCCCUCCCCCCUUUAAACCUUCCACAUCAGAUGAAUUGUGUUUCUGCUUUAGCUGUGUAGCUGGACUUUGGCGGGCUUCUUUAUGAUGGCAGCCUGACACAGGUAACCUAUAGGAGCCAGUUAUUUAAUUGAUGUAGGGGGUUUACAGCAUUAGCUUUAGAUGUCUUUGUUAAUUGUAGAUGUUUUUUUUUCCUUUUUGAGCAGGUCUGUUAUAUAGUUGACUAAAGAAAGAGCAUUCCCAUGAUUUGUGUCUGUGAAAGGGAAUUAUCGAUUUGCUAUUUACGCCUUUUAGAAGUUCUUUCAGAAAGUAAAGCCUUGAGUUUAUCAUUCAAAACUUGCAGUCAGAAGGAUUUUGAACACGUUAGAUUUGGAUCACAAACGCUCCGCUAUUUUGCCAAAAAAGUCAAAUCUGAGGGAUUGGUUGAACCAAAAUAAUUGUCAGCCUAUCAAAAUCAAAUACAUAUUUUCUCAUUUUAGUAAAUACCUCUCAAAUUGACCUUUGUGUCCAAAACAUACUGAGCCGUCUGUUAAAGCUUCUUUUUUUCUUUUUUUUUAAAUAAGCAUCCUUUGAAUUGUCUUACAGUUGUGUCAUCCACGUUGUUUUUGUUGUCUCAGCCAUUUCGCACUGCGAAACUAAGUACUUGCAGUGCUGUGAGGAUUUGUUUACUGAAAAUGGGAAAUCUUGUAAAUGGAUUGAACGAUGUCUAAAAGUGUAUGUUCAGUAAAGAUGGCAGCAUUUCUGAUCGAUAUCAGCCCUCUGGUUUGUUAGUAGCUCCUCUUUUUGCAUUGUGGUCAAUGUGAUUGUUCUCUGGAGUGAUUUUUUUUUUUUUACUGAUAUAUGAACAAAGGGACAAGAACUGGAUGUGGUGCCAGUGAGUUGGGGGGAGGUGGGAUAUUCUUUUUGUUUCAUUUUGGCUCUGAUUUGUUAGUACUUUUUAGGGAGUGCCUUCAGAGUGGUCGAUUUUUUACAGCUCUCCCUUUAACUUAAAGGUUACCUUUUGACAAAAGUAUUGAUAGCACUACAAGGUGAAACUAGAUCCUUCUCUGUAACUGUGGCUGCUUAAAACAAGGCAGCCCCAGUAGAAUAUGUGCUGUUUAACUGGAUAUUGCACAGACCGCUGGGCACUGCUUGAUAGCCGUAGGAACCAUCACUUUAUAUGGGGCUUUCGCAAUAACCAGCGAGAUUGAAUUUGAGACAAAAAGUAUUACAGAGCAAUUCAAAACUGACACGUUUUCAUACGUUUGUUACUCCUUCCAGCCACUGGAAUUGUAAACCAGGAAUUGUUUUCUUGAAUAUAAGCAAAAUGGGAGUUUUUACGUCAAAUAAAGAGUUGUAC